AGGGACACGAGAUCUCGGGGCGAAAUAGAGUAUUUGUGCUGUGUCUUAUCAUUUCUGUUUAAUAAAUCUUCGUGUUAACCUUCCAUUGGACCCGGAGCCUCCUUCAGACGAACAUUAAGUUAGUUCAUUCUCCGUGACUACUAGCCUACUACAGUGUGUCCCGGAGCCUUGGAUCACCAGCGACGGAUCCGAUAUUUCUGUUAUUACAUUUCUUCAUGGGGGGGACAGAAACUAGGACAUGUCGCCUUAAUGGAGGACCUCUGCAGCUGCUGUUUCUAGUCUGGGUCCUGGUCUUGUCUGGACUGACCCUGGGACAGGAACAAGGGCCCGGUGUUAUGAAAGAAGACAGCGACGUGGUGUUACCCUGUUUUCUCAGCACCAUGGAGAGCGUUGUAAUGUCGAUGGUUCCGAUAUCUCUGUUGUCCUUACGUUUCUUCAUGGGGGGGACAGAAACUACGACAUGUCGCCUUAUUCCAGGACUUCGGAAGCUGCUGAUUCUAUUCUGUCUCCUGGUUUUGUCUGGACUGACACUGGGACAGCAACAAGGGUCCGUUGGUGUUAAAGUGGUCGUUAGAGAAGACAGCGACGUGGUGUUACCCUGUUCUCUCAGCACCAAGGAGAGCAUUGUAACGGGGGUCUUUGACUGGAUUAAAGUUCCUCAGAAAGAUGAAGGUCUGAAGGAGGUGUUCCUGUAUAACGCAGGCAUCCAUUACAACAACGGUCGUCCAGGUCAGAGUGAAGAGUUCAAAGGUCGAGUCUUUCAUUUUCCAGAUGAACUUAAACACAGCAACGCCUCCAUAACCAUCAGAAAUACAAAGAUAUCUGACAGUGGAGUCUACAGCUGUGAUUUUCCUCGUUUUCAGCCACGUCAGACAUUCUACAUUAACCUUCUUGUUGCUGCAAGUCCAGAGCCGUGCAUCAGGACCCUGAACGCCACCUCUGCCUGGGCACAUCUGCAGUGUGAGGUCCGAGGGGCGUCUCCAAAACCUAAACUAGAGUGGAGGGACGGGGCUGAAAACCCACUUCCUGCUGAGGAACCACAGACCUCAGAAAAAAGAGGCAGAUUCUACAUCACCCUCAUCACCACGGUGAACCAGACUGGCCGCUACCGCUGUGUAGUCACCCAGGAGGAAAUCAGCCAUCAGACUCAGGCUGAGACCUUUGUUCAUAUCAGUGGGAAAGUGUGUGAGGACUCAUCCAGUGAAGUGGUUGUCGGAUGGAUUGGUGGAUUAGUUUUAGGAGUUCUGGUUCAUGCUCUAGUUCUAGCUCUGCUUGUUGUUACAAAGAUCAUCUCAGUACGCUGCAAUAAAGGUUCUUGUCAGCAGGGAAAUGGUUUGCAUGAAGUGGAAAAGGGUAACCACAGAAACGGUUUGGGUAACCACGGAAACGGUUCACCUGAAGAGGGUUCAGAGAUGCUAUAGCCACAUAAUGUAUGAUGACUUUACAUGUACGAGUGUUGUAAAAGUGUUUGUGUGUUUAUUUGUACAGCUAUCUUUGUGAGAACCAGUUUAUAUUUUAGUUGUUGAAGGAGUGAGAAUAUUUGAAAAAGUAGGAAUGGUUUUAAUUAAGUUGAAUAACACCACUAAUGU